UCGCGCUCUUCCCCGCGCGCCCCUGCAUGGAAGGGACUGGCUGGCCAGCCGGGGGCCUCGUACUUCCCGCCUCCUCUCUCCGCCCCCUUCCCCAGCCGCAGGGUGUCCUCGAGCUCCUCCGCGCGCCGCCUGGCAGUUUGCCUUGUCCUCGUCCUCGCACCUCCUAUCCAUGGCCACCGCCGCGACCGAGGAGCCGUUCCCCUUUCACGGGCUUCUCCCGAAAAAGGAGACUGGGGCCGCCUCGUUUCUCGCCCGCUACCCGGAGUAUGAUGGGCGAGGGGUGCUCAUCGCCGUGUUGGACACCGGGGUAGACCCGGGGGCGCAGGGCAUGCAGAUUACUACUGAUGGGAAACCUAAAAUCAUUGAUAUCAUAGAUACAACAGGAAGUGGAGAUGUGAAUACUUCUACAAUAGUAGAAUCAAAAGAUGGGGAAAUUGUUGGGCUUUCAGGAAGAACUCUUAAGAUUCCAACGAAUUGGAUAAAUCCUUCAGGCAAAUACCAUAUUGGUAUAAAAAAUGGUUAUGACUUCUAUCCUAAAGCUCUUAAAGAGAGAAUGCAGAAAGAACGUAAGGAGAAAAUUUGGGACCCUGUUCAUAGAGUUGCACUUGCAGAAGCUUGUAGGAAACAAGAAGAGUUUGAUGCUGUUAACAGCUCUUCUUCUCAAUUAAGCAAAUUAAUCAAGGAGGAGCUUCAAAGUCAAAUAGAACUGUUAAAUUCUUUUGAGAAAAAAUAUAGCGACCCUGGCCCUGUGUAUGACUGCAUAGUUUGGCAUGAUGGUGAAACUUGGAGAGCCUGCAUUGAUUCAAAUGAAGGUGGGGACUUAAGUAACAGUACUGUAUUGAGAAACUACAAAGAAGCCCAGGAAUAUGGUUCUUUUGGCACAGCUGAGAUGUUGAAUUACUCUGUUAAUAUAUAUGAUGACGGAAACCUACUUUCUAUUGUGACAAGUGGAGGAGCUCAUGGGACACAUGUAGCUAGUAUAGCUGCUGGAUACUUUCCACAAGACCCUGAACGAAAUGGUAUAGCUCCUGGUGCUCAGAUUCUUGCAAUCAAAAUUGGUGAUACAAGAUUAAGCACUAUGGAAACUGGCACAGGUCUUAUAAGAGCUAUGAUAGAAGCCAUAAAUCAUAAAUGUGAUCUUGUCAAUUAUAGUUAUGGAGAAGCAACCCACUGGCCAAAUUCUGGGAGGAUUUGUGAAGUUAUUAAUGAAGCUGUGUGGAAGCAUAAUAUUAUCUAUGUUUCAAGUGCUGGGAAUAAUGGUCCUUGUCUCUCCACAGUAGGUUGUCCAGGUGGAACUACUUCAAGUGUAAUAGGUGUUGGUGCUUAUGUUUCUCCUGAUAUGAUGGUGGCUGAGUAUUCACUAAGAGAAAAAUUACCUGCAAAUCAAUAUACUUGGUCUUCUAGAGGACCUAGUACGGAUGGGGCACUUGGAGUGAGUAUUAGUGCACCAGGUGGAGCUAUUGCUUCUGUUCCUAACUGGACAUUACGGGGAACCCAGCUCAUGAAUGGAACAUCUAUGUCCUCUCCUAAUGCUUGUGGAGGCAUUGCUUUGAUACUCUCAGGACUGAAAGCUAAUGACAUUCAUUAUACGGUUCAUUCAGUCAGAAGAGCACUGGAAAAUACUGCAGUGAAGGCUGAAAAUAUAGAAGUAUUUGCUCAAGGACAUGGUAUUAUUCAGGUUGAUAAAGCAUAUGACUACCUCGUUCAAAAUACAUCAUUCACUAAUAAAAUAGGUUUUACUAUUACUGUUGGAAGUAACCGUGGCAUCUACCUCCGAGAUCCUGUCCAGGUAGCUGCACCUUCAGAUCAUGGGGUUGGCAUAGAACCUGUAUUUCCUGAGAAUACUGAUAAUUCUGAAAGAAUAUCUCUUCAGCUUCAUUUAGCUUUAACUUCAAAUUCAUCAUGGGUUCAAUGUCCUACUCAUCUAGAGCUCAUGAAUCAAUGUAGACAUGUAAAUAUACGAGUGGAUCCUCGGGGCCUGAGAGAAGGACUACAUUUUACAGAGGUAUGUGGUUAUGACACAUCAUCACCUAAAGCCGGCCCUCUAUUCAGAAUUCCAGUAACUGUCAUCAUAUCAGCAAAAGUAAAUGAAUCAUCACAUUAUGACCUAGCCUUUACAGAUGUACAUUUUAAACCUGGCCAAAUCCGAAGGCAUUUUAUUGAAGUUCCAGAAGGGGCAACUUGGGCUGAAGUUACAGUAAGUUCAUGUUCAUCUGAUGUGUCAGCCAAGUUUGUUCUUCAUGCUGUACAACUUAUGAAGCAAAGAGCAUAUCGAAGUCAUGAAUUCUAUAAGUUUUCUUCCCUUCCAGAAAAAGGAACUGUGACGGAAGCAUUUCCUGUUUUAGGUGGAAAGGCAAUUGAAUUUUGUAUUGCUCGAUGGUGGGCAAGUCUUAGCGAUGUCAAUAUUGAUUAUACAAUUUCGUUCCAUGGAAUAGUUUGUACUGCUUCUCAAUUAAACAUUCAUGCCUCAGAAGGAAUAAAUCGUUUUGAUGUUCAGUCUUCCCUGAAAUAUGAAGAUCUUGCCCCCUGCAUAACUUUGAAGAGCUGGGUCCAAACUCUACGACCUGUAAGUGCAAAAACAAAACCUUUAGGAUCCAGAGAUGUUUUACCAAAUAAUCGUCAACUUUAUGAGAUGGUCUUGACAUAUAACUUUCAUCAACCUAAGAGUGGGGAAGUAACUCCAAGCUGUCCUUUGCUUUGUGAAUUGUUAUAUGAAUCAGAAUUUGACAGCCAACUCUGGAUUAUUUUUGACCAGAACAAGAGACAAAUGGGAUCAGGUGAUGCCUAUCCUCACCAGUACUCUGUCAAAUUGGAGAAGGGUGAUUAUACGGUUCGAUUACAAAUACGUCAUGAACAAAUCAGUGAUUUGGAUCGUCUUAAAGAUCUUCCAUUUGUUAUUUCUCAUAGACUGUCUAAUACUUUAAGCUUAGAUAUUCAUGAGAACCAUAGCCUUGCUCUCCUUGGGAAGAAGAAGUCAAAUAGUUUAACAUUACCGCCAAAACAUAGCCAGCCAUUCUUUGUUACAUCUUUAUCUGAUGACAAGAUACCCAAAGGGGCAGGGCCAGGAUGUUAUCUUGCAGGAUCCUUAACAUUAUCAAAGACUGAUCUGGGAAAGAAAGCUGGGCAGUCUGCAGCAAAACGACAAGGAAAAUUUAAAAAGGAUAUAAUCCCUGUUCAUUACUACUUAAUACCUGCACCAACAAAGACAAAGAAUGGCAGUAAAGACAAAGAAAAGGAUUCAGAAAAAGAAAAGGACAUCAAAGAAGAGUUUGCUGAAGCAUUGAGAGAUCUUAAAAUACAGUGGAUGACAAAGUUGGAUACUAAUGAUAUUUAUAACGAAUUGAGAGAAACCUUCCCUAAUCACCUUCCUUUGUAUGUUGCACGACUUCAUCAACUGGAUUCUGAAAAGGAACGAAUGAAAAGACUUAAUGAAAUUGUUGAAGCUGCAAAUGCUGUUCUUGCUCACAUAGACCAAACAGCUCUGGCAGUUUAUAUUGCAAUGAAGACUGAUCCCAGGCCUGAUGCUGCUACUAUAAAAAAGUACCUGACCAGGUUUAUAUCCCCUCUGAUUUGCAGUGACAUGGACAAACAGAAAUCUACAUUAGUAGAUGCUAUUUGUCGAAAAGGAUGUGCAUUGGCUGACCAACUUCUUCAGUUGCAAGCUCAAGAAGGGGCUGUUUCAUCAAGUGACACAGAAGGAAAGGAGGACGAUCGAGAGAGUUAUUUAGAUUCUCUGACAGAAACUUUCUGGGAAACCACAAAAUGGACUGACCUUUUUGAUACUAAGGUUUUGACAUUUGCAUAUAAACAUGCAUUAGUAAAUAAAAUGUAUGGGAGAGGCCUCAAAUUUGCAACCAAACUUGUGGAAGAAAAGCCAACUAAAGAAAAUUGGAAAAAUUGUAUCCAACUGAUGAAGUUACUUGGAUGGACCCAUUGUGCAUCUUUUACUGAAAACUGGCUCCCCAUCAUGUAUCCUCCUGAUUAUUGUGUAUUCUGAAAUAUCAACUAAGACUUGAAAUUAAAAAAAAAAUGUUUUAUAGUGACCAGAUAUACAACAAAUUUGUGACAUUUUUAUUCUGAUGCAUGUUCAUCCACUAUUAAAAUGAUGUGUAUUUAUCAGAAAAUUCACUGGUGUGUGGCUUAAUACAUGUAAACUCAGACCCCUGACAUCAAGAAGUUUUCUUAGUGCAUCACAUUGCUGGCAAUGGGAUGUGUCUUUACUGCCAGCACCAAGGAUUUUCAGUUGGGUUGCAGCUUAUUGCAUGCAUAUUAGGUUUUUAACUGUUACUUUGAACUGCAAACCUGUAAAAUUUCUAUUUUUAUUUUAUAAAUGGACAGGGUUUUAAAAUGCUUGACUUUAAUUUUUUCAAUUGUAUGAAGGCCUUAAAAAUAAGCUACAUUAGGUGUAGCUAAAAUUAUUUAUUAGACUAAAGUAAUGGAACCUCAUUUCAUUUUUUUGUUGUUGGCAAACGUUUACAUUUUAAUUAAGGAUUCAAAUGAAAAACUGUCACAACUAGUGUGUAUCUUUUGAUGGAGCAUAGCUCCUCCUAUAAAUCUUCAUCUUGGACUUAUUUCAGACAAAUCAUUUUUUAAAAUAUCUACGUGAAGUUCAGAGUAUCAGGAUGAACUGAUACAUGUAUAAGUGCCAGACAGCUAAUUCUUUAUCAGGUAUUGUAAAGCUAUACAUAUGGUAUGUUUAUUAAAGUUGAAAUAAUGUAAAACACUUAAGAAUAAAUGUGCAAAAUUGAAGAUCAAAGUACACCAUAUGCACUCUGAUACCUUAAGGAAAUUUUUUUUAUAAUUAAUAAAAGUGAAUAUUGAAGCUA